AUGUCGCCACUACGACGUACUGUUUUAUUCAAUUUCAUGGAAAAUUCUCAUUCUAAGUUUAGGUUUGUUUUGUCUGGAGAGGACAGCACACUUUUCGACGCCAUUGGUUCAGCUCCUUGUGCGAAGACCUACCCCCAUGUCGCCCGCUGGUACAAGAACAUUGCCAGCUACGAUAAGAGCGAACGCAGCUCAUGGCCCUCUGCAGGUGGAUCUGCUGGUGGUGACGAAGAAAAGGUUUGUUGCAGAAGAAAUGCUUACUCUUCUCUAGAAAUAGUUAGUGCUGGUUUAUGGUUGAACUUAAAUAGAGAGGAAGAACUUGAUCUCUUCGGAUCUGAUGAUGAAGAAGAUGCUGAGAAGCAAAAGAUUGUGCAAGAACGUCUGAAGGCUUACGCAGAUAAGAAGGCUGCAAAGGGUCCAGGCCCUGUCGCAAAGUCUUCUGUAAUCUUGGACAUCAAGCCUUGGGAUGACGAAACGAAUCUCGAAGAGAUGGAGAAGUUGGUUCGUGGCAUCGAAAUGGACGGCCUAGUAUGGGGAGGAUCGAAAUUGAUUCCCGUUGGAUACGGUAUCAAGAAGCUGCAGAUCAUUUGCGUGAUAGAAGACCUGAAAGUGUCCGUAGAUGACCUCAUCGACAAAAUCACCGGUGAUUUUGAGGACCACGUUCAAUCUGUUGAUAUCGUGGCUUUCAACAAGAUCUAA